CGCGCAGUCAUGACCCGUGACUGCCAGAGAUGAAACAUUGUGCGCAGUUACUGUACCCUCCUCAUGCAAUAUGAAGCCGUAUUCGGGUUUGUUUUAUGUAACUGCAUGAGGAACUAAGACAGAUAUUAAAUCCUGCGAAUCAACUCCACCCAGGCAGAAUCGAGGAAGGUGCGAUGCCGCGGCGGAAGAGAAAUGCUGGCAGUAGCUCCGAUGGUACGGAGGACUCAGACUUCUCUGCUGAGCAUACAGACAGCUCAGAGAGUGACGCCCACACGGUUAUGAACACCCGCCUCACUCGCUCCUCAACGAGACUCAUCUCACAAGAUUCCAGUCCUGUGGGGAACCCUGCCCCGGUUUCAGAAGAUGUGAACUUUUCCACCCGUCGCGUGACCCGUAGUCAACAGCAGGGGGCUACAGCGGCGCCCAAGAAAUACCCCCUGCGGCAGAGUCGCUCCUCGGGCUCAGACACAGAGCAGCAUGGGGGGGACAUCUCAGAAAGGGACAAUAAACACCACGAUGAGUCCCCUCCCAGAACUCCCACAGGCAACGCUCCUUCCUCUGAAUCUGACAUUGACAUGUCCAGCCCAAACGUGUCUCAUGAUGAGAGCCUGGCAAAGGAGCUGUCACUCAAAGAAUCCAGCCUUGCCCAUCGGCCCAAACGACGGCGCUUUCACGAGAGCUACAACUUUAACAUGAAGUGCCCCACACCUGGUUGUAACUCACUUGGACAUUUGACAGGGAAACAUGAAAGGCAUUUUUCAAUAUCUGGAUGUCCGCUUUACCAUAACCUUUCAGCAGAUGAGUGCAAGGUGAAGGCAGGCUCUCGGGACAAACAUGUGGAGGAAAGGACGCUGUCACAACGGCAGGAUGAGAACCGACAUUCCGCUCGACAGCAGGCCCAAACAGAGCGACAACUGAGGUAUAAGGAGAAAGUGACAGAGAUGAGGAGGAAGAGAAAUUCUGUACCUCUAAAAGAUCAAAAAGAUAAGUAUUUGCAGAUACAUGGAGGCAGUCGGGAACCCCUGCUGGAGAACAUUACAAGUGACUAUGACCUGGAGCUCUUUAGAAAAGCCCAGGCACGUGCCUCGGACGAUCUUGAAAAGCUCCGGCUCCAGGGACAGGUCACGGAGGGAGGGAACAUGAUAAAGGCCAUUGUGUUUGGCUGCUAUGAGCUGGAUACAUGGUACCACUCGCCGUACCCUGAAGAGUACGCCCGUCUUGGCCGGCUCUACAUGUGCGAGUUCUGUCUCAAAUACAUGAAGAGUCAGACCAUACUGAGACGUCACAUGGCAAAAUGUGUGUGGAAACAUCCACCAGGUGACGAGAUUUACAGAAAGGGGGCUAUAUCGGUUUUUGAAGUGGACGGAAAGAAAAACAAGAUUUAUUGCCAAAAUCUUUGCCUGCUGGCCAAGCUCUUCCUGGACCACAAAACUUUGUACUACGAUGUGGAGCCUUUCCUCUUUUAUGUCAUGACAGAAGCGGACAAUACCGGCUGUCACCUUGUAGGAUAUUUUUCCAAGGAAAAGAAUUCAUUCCUGAACUACAAUGUCUCCUGCAUCCUGACCAUGCCACAGUUUAUGAGGCAGGGUUAUGGCAAGAUGCUGAUUGAUUUCAGUUACCUGCUGUCUAAAGUGGAAGAGAAGGUUGGCUCGCCUGAGCGCCCUCUCUCUGAUCUGGGCCUCAUCAGUUACAGAAGCUACUGGAAAGAAGUGCUCUUACGCUACUUACACAACUUCCAAGGCAAAGAAAUAUCCAUUAAAGAAAUCAGUCAAGAAACAGCCGUCAAUCCUGUAGACAUUGUCAGCACUUUACAGUCACUCCAAAUGCUGAAGUAUUGGAAAGGGAAGCACUUGAUCUUAAAAAGACAGGAUCUGAUUGAUGAUUGGAAAACCAAAGAGGCAAAGCGUGGAGGCAACAAGACUAUUGACCCUUUAGCGUUGAAAUGGAGCCUACCUAAAGGAACAUAAGAAACUUUGUCAGCAUGCUCUUUGCUGUAGUUUAGCAGGUCUUGGUCACCGUUAGAAUAGCCGAAAGGUGUUUUCUUUGUUACAGUAAGCAACGCUGUAUUCCUAACUGUACUGCAUAAAAACUUGUCACAUAGUGGUAAGUUUCCAUUUGCUGUAUUUUAAGACUCUUGUUUUUUAAAACAUGGUGUGAUACGUCGUAGACUGCAUCCGAGAAACAUAGACUUACAGCUGCGUACAGGAACCUAAAAAUAAAUUUUAUUCACCAAUUUAACAAAUAAAUUAAAGCAGCUUAUCAUUAUAUGUUUUAACUGUUGUUUUAUGUCACUGUAAAAAGCAGACUGUUAAAUGCUGCAUCUCUUAAAUUUAGAGAAUGGACGUUCUGACAGUUGGUUAUAUAUUUAAACAGACCAUUCAACCAUCAACAUCUCAAUAAAAGAGCAUUGGCUCAGCACAAAUGGCAUAGAGGAGAUUUUGCUCAUGCUUCAAAUUAAUCAUGUGAGAUAUGUAUUAGAUCCAUAGUUAACAUAAACCAAAGUCAUUGCUCUAAAAUGAAUAAAAUAUAUUUUGUUACAAUCAUUAGUAUGACUUAAACUCUAAUUAGUGUUAUUUUUAGGGAUAGGCUACACGUUUUGGUAAAUGUAAUAUAUUAACUGUUCAUUUUACAAAGGCCUUUAAUGAUGAAAUCUGUGGCAGCUUUAGAUCCGGUGGCCAAUUGUUAUUCGUGUGCAGCCAGAUUAUAUUUAGUUGAUUUAGUUAUUUACUAAUAAAGAUGCACGUAGCUAUAACUGUCAUAUGAAAUGCCAAGCAUGUGUUGCAAUUGCUUCUGUGUGUCUUUCAAAAAUAAAUAAAUACAGUUGGUCACCGUUAAA